AUGGCAAGAAGCAGAAGAAGAGCAGGUAGGAGAGCUAUACCAUCUACGUGUACAAGGUGCUCAAGUAAAUCCACCCUGACACCGACACCUCGUCCAAGGCCAUUACCAUCAUUAACACCUUCAUCUAUGACAUCUUUGAUCACAUCUACAACAAAGCUUCCUGCCUGCAUCAUUAAAGCAAGCGCUCCACCAUCACUUCCUGAGAGAUCCAUACCGUCGUUCUCCUCCUCCUGCCCAAAGAGCUGGCCAAGCACGCCAUCUCCAAGGACAUCAUGGCUGUCGCCAGGUCUAUGUUUACAGAACAUAGGCACAGGAAAUGAUGCAAUCUUCUCUCCUGGUUCCAGAGAGAGAAGAGAGCAGAUCCACAUGAGUCAAAGCAGUACACUGACACAGUAA